UUCUGAGUUAAAAUCCCAGAAGAACAGGCAUUCCUAUUAAAAAUUGUUGUGUCAUAAUGAAGUUCUUUUUUUUUAGCUGAAGUGAAUUGGAGAUGGCAGAAAGGUAUUUACAGUAAAUUUUAUGAUCACCAUUGUGUUUUUAUCACUGAAAACAGCCAGCCUUGAAUAAAGACCAGCAUUGAUGUGGCAUAUAAAAUUCAUUCAUGUUACCUCUUUAAUGAGCAGAGUGAAUUACUUAUGAGUAAAUGACACUGCAAUUUAGCAUUCAGAUUUUUUCUGUAAAACAGCAUUAAAAUCUGCAGCAAAAAUUUAUUUUAAGGAGAGUCUCAGUAAAAAUGUAACCUGUCGUGACAAACACCUGGGUACUGUCACAGAAUGUCAGUCACCCUCCAAAGAAUGUCUCUUAAUCCAGGUUUAAUAAUAACCUGUUGGAACCUUAUUUCUUUGUUCCUCACUUUGGGCAGAUUUUAUCUCAUAGAUGUUAAGUAUCAGCACCUUCCAUUCAUGACUCUGCCAAAGAAGUUACUCUCUAAUUUUAUUUCAUUGUCUUUUGCUGGAUGUUUGUGUGUUUGGACUGUGCUGUGUGGGCAGAGAGAAUUAAAACCUGGAGUGACUUCUAGUCAUAAAGUGCAUUGGUGAAGAGGCACAACAACUCCAGAGGCUGGAAUAUCCCUCUGCAACAGGAUUUGAGCUCACACUGCCUUUAUCUUGUGUGAAAGCUCUCAGGAUUAGGUCACCCUGCCUAAUUUUGAGGUGGCAGCUCUGCCCCCCCUCGUGAGGGAUGACAAACAGGCAGUUGUAAAGUAUGAUAUAGUCUUUCUGACAUUUAGUUAUUGACCUUCUAAAAAAAUCCAGUGGGUUGUAUUUUUCCUGAAGGCUUUGAGUAUUGAUUAUAUUGUGUUCAUAACAUGGAUGCAAUUAAAAAUGCUGCGGUGAAAAAUCCUGCAAGUACGAACCUUUCUGUUGAAAAGAGCGAGGGUUUAUUUUCAUGCACAUAAUUGGAGGCAUAACAACCUGUUUAAAUCCCCUUCUAACCUUUGAAAAUUGAUGUGUGUAAUCUCUUAACUUGGUCUACAUUUUGUGCCACAGGUUUCAGAAUGAAUGAAAUAAAACUUCACGGCCUCUGCUUUUGAAGCUCACAUACACACACCUUCUCUGUAAUGUCAAGUGCUGUAGUACAGUAGGUCCCCACAGCCCCUUGCUCAGAGAAUGGCUGAUUCUGCUAAUUUAUCCCCUGUAUAUAAAUGCAUAAAAAUGGAGGUUAAUUAAUUUUAGCUCUUUUUUACUUCUAGAAAAGUACUAAAGUACUAAUUAUCCCAAAGUAGCAAUUACAUCUACAAUUAAAGCCCAUUAACCUUCACAAAAAUAACGUUUUUGUUUAAACCCCAGUUUUUAAUAGCAGUUAUUUUGGCUUGUGGGAUGGGAGAAAGUAUUGAACCAACAACAUGUGGAUGGGUUGGUUUAAAAUACUCCUUAGGGCUUCUCUUCUCCAGUGCAGCACCCUGAGAGAUUAUUCACUUUCAUGUAAUUUAAUCUUUGAACGUGAGCGGGUAGUGAGGAGAACAUAGAGAUGGUGCUUUAGCUGCCAGACAGUAACUCUCAACUUGUCAUCAGUUAACUGUAGAUUGAGCCUUGGGCUCAGCAUGUAGAGACUUAAGGAAGAAAUCAUUUCUUCAAUUUUUCCUCUGCAGUGGUGGUGACCGUGGUGGCUUCAAAAAUUACGGUGGUCAAAGGGAUUAUGGACCGAGAUCAGAUGCUGAUUCAGAGUCUGACAACUCUGAUAACAACACCAUCUUCGUGCAAGGACUUGGGGAGGAUGUUUCAACAGAUCAAGUGGCAGACUAUUUCAAACAAAUUGGUAUUAUAAAGACCAACAAAAAGACUGGCAAGCCUAUGAUAAAUCUUUACACAGACAAGGAUACUGGCAAACCAAAGGGAGAAGCAACAGUAUCUUUUGAUGACCCUCCUUCUGCUAAAGCAGCCAUUGACUGGUUUGAUGGAAAAGAAUUCAAUGGCAAUGUUAUCAAAGUUUCUUUUGCAACCAGAAGGCCUGAAUUCAUGAGAGGAGGUGGAGGUGGAGGACGCCGAGGUUCACGAGGUGGAUAUGGAAGAGGUGGGGGCUUCCAGGGUAGAAGUGGGGAACCCAAAAAUGGUGAUUGGGUUUGUCCUAACCCGUCCUGUGGCAACAUGAACUUCGCUCGCAGGAAUUCCUGCAACCAGUGUGGUGAGCCCAGACCAGAAGAUUCACGUCCUCCAGGAGAUUUCCGUGGCAGAGGUGGCUAUGGAGGAGAAAGAGGCUACCGAGGGCGCGGGGGCCGAGGCGGCGAUCGGGGAGGUGGCUACGGGGGCAAAAUGGGAGGAAGAAAUGAUUUCAGAAAUGAUCAACGCAACAGACCAUACUGAAGACCACUGUGAAUGUUUUGUUUGUCUUCUUGAUGCGUUUGAUAGUGAAAUUGCCUGCAGCUUCACCCAUGGCCUCUUUGGAUAGUGGAAUUGAGUGAAACUAGAUUUUUAUUUUGGUGGGAGGGACUGGGGUGGUUUGGGAGGAUUUUUUUUUAAGCAAGACAU